CAAGAACGACGACUCGGUCGGUCAUUAUUAUACAUAAGGAAAAUUCUAAAACUCAAGUAGUAGUAUCUUUAAAUAAAACUUUAGUGUAUUAUUAAUUACUCUGUUUUAAUAUUUUUAAAAUCGAAAACAAAACAAAAAAUCAUCAUAAAAUGCAAACAAAUGUGAUAAAAGUGUUAAAGAAUAAUACAAUCUGAGAGUGGAAAAUGGAAAAAAGUAAAAUUACAAGCCACCGCACCAAGCGGCAGCAGCAUUAAAUUUGAGUAGCACCAAAAAUUAAAAUUCCUCUGUAAAAAGAGUGUGAGAGGAAGACGAAGGAGGUGUAGGAGAGUCUGUCAUUGGAAGCGAGCUUUUAUAUACGGCAGCGGUGGCGGCAAUAUUUUAAAGGAUACUUUAUAACAUAAAAGUUCCCAAAAAAAUAUAUAACGGCUUUAUUUUUGUAUGUCUCACGAAUAUUUCGUAUAAAAAUACGUCCAUAAAUCAUGGUCUCUACGCGACAAAUGUCAACCAGCAGUGGUGCCAUGUCAUCCUCUAUGGAGGAAAGCAAUUAUCUGCGUCCAGUAGUCACCCGACAAUCGAGUACCACAGCUAAUGUUAGUACUACCAUGCCUUCGACGACGAUAUCGCCAGCAUCAGCAUCGUCAUCUGCAACAGUUGCAACGGCUGCAAUAGGAAUAACGAAUAGCACAACAACAGCAUCAACAUCAACAUCCACCAGCACAAGUAGUGCUCGACAAACGCAGGCGUUUAGGUCCUAUUCCAAUACAACAACUGGUGGUGGUUCAAAUGCCACACUGGUGGCAUUACCUACAAAUCAUCGCCAGUCGCAAUUGCAACUGCAACAAGUGCAUCAUGCUGCUGCUGCUGCUGCUGGUGGAGUUGGUGGUCGAGGAGAUCAUCAACAAAUAGCAACGAUAAACCUUUUAGAUCUCCCCGAAGAAGUUUUGUAUGCCAUACUAUCGUAUGUUGGCUUCAAGAAAAUCGGACAAUUACGUGUGGUAUCUCACAAAAUGAAUGACGUUUGCAUGCAUAUGUUGAACUCCACCUUCUCAAAGUUGAUUACGAAGACCUACAAUCGUUUUCAAGCUAUCAAAGCAAAUAUGCCACGCAGAGAAUCGGCUAGACGUAAUCAUCCACUUGCAUGUGAGUGCGAUAUUAUAGAGACAUGCUACAUGCGUUUAUCGCUAUUACAAAUGACAUUUGGUAAACAUAUCGAACGUGGCCAUUGUUGUUUCUUUCCAGGAGCAAUACUGGACGAAGUGUACACAAUUUUAAAUUAUAUUAAGAAUACACCAUGUUUAGAAAGACCAUUUCGUGUCACCGAUGAGCUCUUUGAUCUAUCAACAAUGGCCAUGGAAUACUUUAGGGAUCGCAUUGAGCCAACAUUGCCCGGUAUAGCGUACUUCAAUAAAGAGUUUUUUAAAUUGCCCACAACAACGAAACGACCUUUAGUUAUAGCUUCAGAUUUGUCUGAUAAUUCCACCAGUUUACCUUCCCCACCGCAAAGUAAUAUGGUAUUGCGAAAGGGCAUUAGAAAGAUCAAGCAAGGCAUGAAAAUCUACAACAAUCAAUUGUCGGUCUUGCGCACAGAGUUGCGUACUUGUAAGCGUAAAUCUGCAGAGCAGGGAAAACAAAUAGCCGAACAACAAAAGCUUAUGGCAGAGCAACGAAAACAGACUUUAGAAUAUGCCAAUCGAUUGGAUGAGAAUGAUAAGAAAAAUGAAGAAAUGGCACGUAAAUUUUCCACAUUAUUGCAGGAAUUAAACAAGUGUAAGACAGAAUUGCAAUAUUGGCGCUCCAAGAGUCCCGCCAUACCCACAUGUGUGUCGUGCGGUCAAAAAGUGACACCUGUUUUGCCUGCCGAGGAUUAUCAGGCUCUCAUCAAUCAGGGCGUCAAACCCGAGGACAUAAUACUUAAUCUGAACGAUGAUUGCGAUGCGGAGAGUGAUGUUAGCAUGAACGACAGUGGCUGUAAUAAUACGUUAUCAUUAAGCAAUGAAUUUGUGUUUCCGGACGAAACUACCACGGCGAAACUCUUGGCCGUCAAUACGGCUUCGAAAAAUCUUAAACGUCAGCAUCAUCAUAUGACGAACAACACGAACAUAAAUUCUUUAACAGAGUUUAUUGAUUGCAAUGAGGCUUCCACCAGUUCGAGUGCUUUUAUUGCAGCCGCUGGUUAUUCGACGCGUUUGUUUUAUGGACCUCCCUCCUCCUCCUCCGCUUCUUCAUCUUCCCCCUCAAUACCUCCAUUGCCGGCAUUGGCACAGCAUAAAAGUGUGAUAGUGUCACCACAAUCUCAGCGUCUUGUAAAUAUGGAUACUUCAAAAAUUGUUGAGAGUAAACUUCUCCAGGGCAAUGGCAUUGCGGAGGUGCCUGCAUCAGGUAUUGCAGCAACAGCAGCAGCAGCAGGAGCCGGAGCAGUUGGUAAUGGCGGUGGUGUAGUUGCUGCCGCCGAACAUGCUGCAGCAACUGAGGAUGUCAACAGCCUGGUGGCCAUUUCAUCCCAUGAAACCAAGAAAGCACGUAGAGUACAAAAAACUGCUAGGUGUUUAACAAGCUCUAGUAGUGGUAAACGUAAAUAAUAACAAUAUUUGUUAACAUAUUGCAACACAACAACAACAACAAAUCAAUUCAAUUUUCAAAAUCAAUAAAUUUUUAAGAAUGCUCUAAUUUUAGACCACAAUAUAAUAUUAAAUAAUAUAUAUAGAUAUAUAUAUAUAUACAACAAACAAACACACACACCCAUAUAUAUAUAUUUAGAGAUAUGCAAUUAAAACAAAAACAAAACAAAAAACAAAUUGUAAGAACAUUUGAUAAUUUCUAUUUUUAAAACUAACAAAACACACCAGACAAUUACCCCACACACAUAUAGAGGUAUGGACGUAAAUGCAUUAUGCCCUUUUUUUUGAAGAGUUCAACAUUUUCGGAUGUUCCACCUUAGCUUCAAAAAAGUAUUCUGUAUUGUUUUCAAUUUUGUUUUUUUUUUCCUAAAACAAUUUAACAGGCACACGCAAUAGUUUGUCUUUAAGGGCAAAAUGUUGGGAUUUUUUAAAAAUUCGUUUAUCUUCCAACUCAACACACCGAGACAACACCAAUGGGCAUCUUUGCCUCCAAUAUUUGUAGAUUUUUGUUUGUUUUUAAAAUACUUUUCUUUUUUUUUAACAAACACCCAAAUAUACCCAACUCCCAAGAAACAAUAACAACCACUCACCCAGCACAUCUUUAAUGCCAUCACAAUAAAGAUGUACAAUAACAAAAAAACAAAAAAUAGAAAACACUAAAACGAAUAUUUUUAAUUUCCAACAAAUAUGUUUAUUUCUAUUUUUUCUAUAAUAGGAAUUACAUGCAAAAAAGGUAAAAUAAAACAAAAAAA